AGCGGUUUUUGACAUUUUGUGUCAACUGUCACGUUUGACAUUGACGUAAAUAAAAAUCAAAACAAAGUGCUAUCAACGUCUUUGUGCAUUCGAUUAAAAGUGUUUGUGCCUUCGUUCGUUAUAAUAAAAAACAUUAAAAUGUCUAGCGAUAUGGAUAAAUUAAAAAAACUACGCGUUAUACGCUCACAGUGCAAAGAAACCAUUACAAGAAUCGACAGUUUUGUCAAGGAUCCAGAAACUUUGGCAGCCGCCAGCGCCGAUAUAUUAGAGGCGCGUAAAGAGAAGCUCAUUUCCACCUUAAAAAAUUACGAAGAGGUGCAAAUGGACAUCCUUAGCAUUGAUGAGAACGACGGUGAACAGGUGGGAGAGGUUGAAGACAAAUAUUAUUCUAUAUUAGCCAAAAUUAAUAGCUCCCUUAAAAUGCUAAACACGAAAGUGACUGCGGAGUGCCACAACGCAUCCACAUGUAAGUUGCCCACAAUCGAAAUACCCUUUUACGAUGGAAAGGAUUUCACUAAAUUUAAACCUUUUUUCGACUUAUUCACAGCUGUCAUUGAUCAGAAUAGCUCACUAUCUGAUGUGCAAAAGCUUUUUUAUUUGCGAAAGUACCUACAGGAGGAUGCGUUGGCGGUUAUUUUGAAUUUACCAUUGAUAAAUGAAUCAUAUAAGGAAGCAAUAAAAUUAUUAAAAAAGAGAUUUGAGAACAAGGCUAGAUUAGUAGCAAACCAUAUAGGUAUAUUAUUAGAUAUUUCUAGUAUACAAAAAGGCACAGCGGCUUCCAUACGAACAUUUGUUUCACAAAUUAAUCAACAGUUGCAUGCAUUAAAAAAUUUAGAUGAACCCGUUGAUAAAUGGGACAUGCUUUUAAUAUCAAUAUUGACUCGUAAGCUAGAUCAAUUCACACACCGGGCUUACCAGUUAGACCGGGACUCCGAUACCAUGCCUACUAUGGCUGGUUUCAUUGAAUAUUUAGAAAAGCGUGCUAUAGCGCUCGAAGAUAGUCAUCAAAAUAAACAUAGUACCUACUAUGAUGGUACCAACAAACAUUUAAAUAAUAAAAGUACUUGCUAUGAAGGUACUCAUAAAUCAAUACCUAAGGUCACAAAUGUGGUAUCGAAGUCGUUGCCGCCCUGUAGGUAUUGUGCUAAUAAAGACCAUCAGAUAUAUAACUGUCCCAUAUUUAAAAUGUUACCUACAGCUCAAAGGCAAUCUUAUGUAAAUGAAAAGCAAAUGUGUAAUGUAUGCCUUAAUAAUCAUGAUGGUAAAUGUAAAUUUAGUUUUAAAUGUAAAAUGUGUAAACAGGGCCACAACACAUUGCUGCAUCAGGAGCGCAAUGUGAAUGUGGACAACCCCAGGACAAAUAAUGAUGUCAGUCAGCAGCCACUAUCAUCUGAUACUGGGUUGCAUAAAAACUGAAAAUGGACCGGUAUUCCAGAAUACCAUGUUAGGAUAUAUUGUCGGAGGAAGUAUUCCUGAAAAAGGACACCACUGCGUGUUCAAUCCGUCAAGUCGAACCUCACAUCAUCGUGUGGUCUUUGAUGGAUCGAUGAGAUCUAGAAAUGGGACAUCGCUGAAUCAAGUCAUGCUGAACGGACCUGUUGUACAGAGUGAGCUCUUUGACAUUCUUAUUUUGUUCAGGACUUAUCCAUUUAUUUUAACUUGUGAUAUUCAAAAGAUGUUUCGCAAUGUUUUUAUAAAUGAACAUCAAUGCGGACUUCAAAACAUUUUAUGGCGCGAUUCGCCCAAAGACCCUAUCAACUGCUUGCAGCUUCAAACUGUUACAUACGGUUUAAAAUCAAGCACAUUUUUAGCUACAAGAGCUUUAAAGGAGCUAGCAAAUAUGCAUAAGGACCAGUUUCCUUUGGCCGCUCAGGCUAUUUAUAAAAAUACAUUUGUUGAUGAUGUGCUGACUGGUGCUGAUGAUGUGGAGACACUUCAGGAGCUGAAAAGGCAAAUUGUGGAGCUUCUAAAAUUAGGUAGUUUCUCAUUACAUAAAUGGUGUUCGAACCAUGCUCCAGUUUUGAGCGAUAUACCAGUUGAGCACAGACAAAUUGAUAGUGUAGAGAUAGACUUAAUGGAUGUGUUGGUCUCCUAA